GAAUAAGAAAGAAAGUGUGUGUGGCAAAUGAAAUACGGAUGCCACAGGCGAGCAGCACGGGGACGAACGAACUUCGCAUGUUUGAAAACCGGGGAUUGCGAGUAGGGCAUGUGAGCUGCUUCGUUGAAGAUGUCGGGUGAAGGAUAAAAGAAAACAGAUGGCUGCAUAGUCAUUUACGAUGUUCCAAAUGACCCUUCUCCUUCUCGCUGUCAAGAGACAGUAACCAAUUUAUAAUGAAUGCGCGGCGCUAUACUCCAGCGGUUGAAACCUUUUCAUGAGCUGUCGGGACCCUGUAUGGAGCCCCCCGUGGCGUUGGCGCAAGACGGAACAAGUGGUCUUGUUUUUGCAAACUAACUUCCCCCCAUUCAAGACCCGCCAAGCCCUCAUCUUCUCCUCCAAAAUCUUCGACACUCCAUCUACCUCCUAAACUGGUUUCCUUUCCAAACUCUCUUUCACUCACUCUUCUCUCUCUCUCCGUACGGUUGAAAGACCCGUAAAGCUCAUUCCAACACACACGUCCUUCACAUUCUUGGAUAACGCCUAUAGUUGUCAGAAGUUCCAGACGCAGGCAAUGGGGUUGGGAUGGAGGGAGGAGGAGUUACCAUGGCGGGGGUGAAAGGUAAUUCGUGCGUCGAGACUUUCGGCUGUGCGAGAAGUGGUGAGGUUUACUGGUACAAGGUCCGAAGCGCUGGAUGGCUGGAUGGCUGACAAGAACCGGCGAAAUUAUCGGCUGGGAGAAGUGGGGUGAAGGGUGGGGUGAUAAAGAAAGAAGUGAAAAGAAAGGACCAGAAUUGCAGCCAGCGAUUGGCAGGCGAUGAGAAGACAGGGAGGGCCAGGUUCGGGGCCUCUCCGUCACACACACACACAGAGGUUUGGACUGAUUUUUAACGUUCUUCUUCACGUGUCGUGUCUGGAGGGGCGGGGCCAUGGCUGCUCCUCCUAACGCAUACCUCGCCCCUCCUUCCCCUCCACCUUGCCAACUCGACCCCCUUCGUCUCGCCUUUCAUUCACCUUUCCCUACCCCUCCCCUUUUCCUCCCCCGCCCCCGCCCACCACUACACACACACUCUCUCUCUUCCUCUUAUGAGACCAUCACCGCCAUCUUCUGCGUCUCUUUCAAACACUUCUCACCUUCCGACGCCUUCUCGUUUUUCUCGAUCCUUCGCAGAGACCCUUCGGCCACCUGCAAGUCGAGAUUCGUCUGUCUUCUGCUAAAAGUGCUCCUAGGAAUUCCGGCUUGUUCGUCUCUACCUGGCCCCAGACCGCCGUCGUCGCCCGUCUGCUGACGCCUUGCUGUUACCUGUGUGCAUGUUACCUGCACACCUGUGUCUGACGGCAAUCCUUACGUGUGCCAGGUGCGCCAUCCGUUGCCGAGUCGACUGCUGUGCGGUCGGGCCCUGCUGUCUCGUGCAUGUGUGUAUGUGUGUGUCCGUCAGUCCGUUCGACCGGCCGCUCGGCCUCUUUGCAGACAGGUUGGAGAUACCGUGGAUAACUCCUUCCCAGCCCCUCAGGGAUUUUCUAUUCUGUCGCAAACACUUGCGCAAAGAGCAAGUAUUUUCUCGCGGGAAGACGAGUCGUCUCUACCUCUCGCCAUCACGUUUGCCCCUUCAUCUUGCUGCGACGACUAAUCACGGACGAAGGAUCUGUCAAGGGAGGUUAUCUUGUUUUCUUGAAGAUGUUACUUGGAUUUCUUGAUCGUGUUAUCUGCCGCAGGAGCUUAUUAUGUAAGAACCGAUGUCUUGUCACUGUUCCUUCAAAGCCACGUCGUCCAGAGCGAGUCUAAACUUUUUCGAGUACUCCCUUCACACAAAACUAUUCUCUAAAAUUUUUGUCUGGAUUGACCGGAAGAGGUUAACCCUGUCUCGUAUCAACAUAUAAAGUCUUCGUUUAUCGACAGUCUCAUCUGUGGACAGAAAAAUCUCAUUGACGAGAAAAAACAAACAAUAACGAGGAGCUUGGGAACAUGGUUUACAUUUUAAAAAUGUGAAUAACUUUGAAUCCAGUACAGUUCGGACAUGAUUUCACCAUCCAAGCCAAACCUAGGGUUGGACCUUUGUGUCCAGAAACUGUCACCAGCGUGACAACGGUUCAGUCGAUGUUUGACUCGUGAUUUGAUUUUUAGCCACUACGAAUCCUGGGAUGGUCGCUCCUCGCACAAGAUUUGAAGAAUUAAAUUAGAAAGAGUGUGGUCUUCAGGAGUCUAUCGAGGAUGAAGAUGUCGAGAAACUUACUGCUGUGUCAUUUCUCUAGUCUCAAGCACGCUGUUGCCAUGGUUUACUAGAGAUCAGUGAAGGCGCCAUCGGUGUUUUCUUCACGUCGAGUUUUUCUUUCUCGAAGAGUUCCUCUGGUUCUUAAUCGCAGGAGACAAACCAGCCGACUCCCAAGAAGUGUUGUCUGAAUCGCGCUACCUGGCAUAUCGGCCGCCAGGAUUUUUAACAAAAUUUUCCCAGCAGUUUUCCGCUGACAUCGCCCCUGUUAUCUCUUCUUCGUUGAGUCUGAACUGCAUGGGUAAGUCGGGUGACCUCAGGGAUGGACGUGUCCUCGGAAGGCCUCGCUUUGUGACGGUUGGUCGAGAUGCGCGUCAGCACGACCUGGUACGUCGCGAGCGUGAGUGUGACAUCACGCUACAUGGUGCGCCGAGAGGGCGCGUGUCACGUCACGGCGCAUUGGUGCGUGGGCCGUCACGUCGCCUUCACCACAAACUGAAAACAAUGGUGAUGUAAGGUUGUAAAGCGGCUAAACGAGAGAACCAUAUAUUAUUAUCAUCUCAAAAUUUGCCAGAAAAUAUUGCUGAUAUCUGUAGCUGUCACGUGCUCCAAUGAUCUAUAAAGGACAGUUUUUUUGGAAGAGGGGAAAAAUUAGUUGCUUUCAGAAAGCUACAUUUUUUUUGUUUACUGGACACGCUAUAUUUUUAAUGCAUGAUAAAUAAAUUUCAUCGAUGAUGUGCCACCUUCCCACAAACCAAGUAAAACCUCGGAAACUGUACACACAGACCAGCCUUGAGUGACUGAAGAAGACAUGCAGGGAAAAGUGUGCGCGUCAGGACAGGAAAUCAGAAUUUAUAAUUUCUCACCAGCGUGGAUAUCAACAGUCAACAAAAGGUUAAUGAGUAGAUGGACCUGACCCUGUCAGGCAUCCAGUAAAUGAACUAGGUCAAAAGAAAGUAGUAACGGAUUUUUUUUUUUUUUUUUUUUUUGGAAGUGUGUGUCGCUCGAACAAUGAGAACAAUACAAGUCUGUACACGACACAAAAUUGCAGGGAAUGCCUGCACACUUGUCACCACUACAGCACAAAAGACAAUAGUUAUGAAGGUUCGAGACUGAUUAAGAGCUAACAACUUGUUUGUGUGUGUGUUUCUUGAAGUCUCUCGACGGUUCAGUGUUUACAUAAUCACAAGAUCAUUCGGCGUAGAACAGGAAGGUGGCCAGACACCAAGAGAUUGAGAAACAAAGAGUGCUGGUGGACAAGUAUGUCAAGGACUGCUAGUGGAGAAGUAUGUCAAGGAGAAGGGCUGGUAGUGGAGAAGUACAUUUCCAGUGACACCACCACCGCAGCUCGGGAUUUACUGCUGGAAGUAACUCUACUUCAACAAAGACCGAUCGGUGGCUCGCGUCCCAUGUAAGAAGGGACAACCAGUUGACCCACUAAUUUCCGGCACAAGAAAAGGCGAUCAUUUUCGACCACCCCACCUGGCUGAUCUUUUUCAUGGACGUCAAGAGGAUCUCAGCUACGGUGACCCUGUGAGGGUGGGAAGAAAGGUGAAUGGACACUAUGACGUCACAAGGGCAAGCUGUUGUUGCCGAGGGCGGUGGUUUCCCAGGAGAAGCCGGCGGAGGAAGAAAGGGUGGCCACGGGAUGACCCGUAGGGGCAGGAGUCCCACGCAACAGCUGAAAUCCAACCCAUGUCUCCUGCUCCUGCUGCUGCAGCUACUGUGCCUCGUGUGCGUGGGGCAUGCCUCUGCCUCCUGGUGGUUUAUCAGUCAACUACCGCUUCACGCCUCAGGGGCCGGGGUGCUGUGUGACAACAUACCCGGACUAGUCGUGCGACAACGGCGACUGUGUCACCUCCACCCGGAUGUCAUGGUGUCCCUGGCGGAUGGGGCACGGCUAGGGGUGGAAGAAUGCCAGUAUCAGUUCCGAUCCCAGCGAUGGAACUGCACGACACUUCACAGAGACGCCUCAGUCUUCGGCAAGGUGAUGCUGAAGGGCAGUCGCGAGGCGGCGUUCGUGUACGCCAUCUCGGCGGCGGGGGUGGUGCACGCCAUCACACGCGCCUGCAGCAAGGGGCAGCUGCAGCACUGCGCAUGCGACCCGGGAAAGCGGGGCAAGGGGCAGGACAAGCGCGGCUCCUUUGACUGGGGAGGAUGCUCCGACAACGUGGGCUUCGGCAGCCGCUUCUCCCGCAUGUUCAUCGACGCCAAGGAGCGCAAGACGAGGGAUGCUCGCGCCCUCAUGAACCUCCACAACAACCGCGCAGGACGCAGGGCCGUUAAAAAGUUCCGGAAGCUGGAGUGCAAGUGUCACGGGGUCAGCGGCUCGUGCACCGUUCGCACAUGCUGGCUGGCCAUGCAGGAGUUUCGUCGGGUGGGGAACUACCUCAAGACCAAACACAACGGCGCCACCCAGGUAAUGAUAAACCAAGAUGGUUCUGGCUUGAUCGUGGCUAACCAAAACCAUAAGAGACCCACUCGCUCAGAUCUCGUUUACUUCGAAAAAAGUCCAGACUACUGUGUCAAUGAUCCAAGCGUAGGGUCUCUGGGUACUGCCGGUCGCUUGUGCAACAAGACGUCACUCGGCACAGACGGAUGUGACAUCAUGUGCUGUGGGCGGGGCUACGACACCAAGACGGUGCGCAAGGUGGACAAGUGCGAGUGCAAGUUUCACUGGUGCUGCUUCGUCCGCUGCAAGGAGUGUCGCCGCUGGGUGGACGUGCACACAUGCAAGGACACCCCACCCAGCGACACCCCCGCGGUGGACGCGAGUCCCGAUGGAACGAACAACGCCAUGAGAGUGAGCAGCACUCACCGCAACACCUAGCGAAACAUCGCGGGACAGUGAGCAAUGCUUCCUAGACUUACCGUCGACAAAACAGGUCGACAGUCGGAACCACCUACGGGACUUGAAUUGCAUACUUCUUUCGUAUGCAACCCCCCCUACCCACUCACACCCUAUCGAAUAUUUGGCCAAGACCAUUUCAAAUUCCAGGAUGGCCAGGACAAUACAACGCCUCGCCAGAAUACCUGUCACCCGUGGCAAUUAUCUCGUUAAAAAAUAAUGGAGGUGUGCCGGUGUGAGCCUGUAUCGAACUGUUUACCUGUCCAGCACUGAAUUUCCUGUUUUGAACAUUCGACAGUAACCAGAAGCUGGUAGAUGCAGAUUAGGAAACCUAUGACGUCUGGCUCUACAGUUAAGUGACAGUUGAGUCUCCUCACAAAUACAAGCCAACAUAUUUUAUGGCGUUGUUUAUUGAUGGAAGUUGUCAGCAGGGCAGAAAAGAAGACAGAAGAUUAAACUGAGUGUGGAAGAUGUUAGUAGCCUCGGAGGACUUGCCCUGACAAUCGAACUGACUCAGUAGAUGAGCCACUCUCCAGUGUCGGUUCCAUGACAAUCUCAUACCAUACUUCGUGCUUUUGCGACACCUGAUGCUCGUUUCAAACGUUGUGCUCACGUUCAGGGGCAGAAAGACUGUUGUUGUAGUCUUAAGUGCAACACACAAGUGUUUCCACAACAAAGAACACAUUUGUUGAUGACAGGAAAUGGACACUUGUACACUUGGUCAUGCGCACUCGCAGGAGGAAGUCGCUUACCACGUUUCUCAACAAAUCUGUUGAUCGAGAUCGCGCAAAAAUUAAGACUUACCUGAUGACUUGACAAGCGUUAGGUUGCAUCGUCUUGAAGGAGGAUUAUCACGGGUUUAUUUUGUUUUGUCUCGCAUGAAGUAUCGGUGCUGCACGAAUGAACCAAUCGCAUCCUCUCUCGUAACACUACACUUCUGUCCUGAAACAGUCUUACGUUUAAACCCCAGAAGAUCGUUAACCUCGGCUUCGGUCAGUCUUAUAUCAAGAACCGACACAUGCGCAUGCCUGAAACAGUAGUAAGAACAAGAACUAUUUUAUUUGUGGACUAGACUGCGAAAACAGAUUGAUAUAGGAGGUGCGCAAAAUGUCUAAAACGAAUGUUGGAUACUAUAUAAAAAGAAAACAAUUUCCAUUAUCCCUGCUCGAAUCUUAUAAAUAAAUUAUUUUAACCUGUAGUUCGUUGCACAUGAGUAGAAAAAUAUCAAACGAAUAAGUUCUCUGGAAGUACUUUGGGUGGCUUCAGAUGUAUCAGCAGAAACAGCAGGAGCUCCAUGUAUAUGGCAGAGAGAGAGAGAAGGGUGGAGGCGGCGAAGGAGGACUCCUAUCAUAUUUCAGUCGAAAGACAGUGACUAGAUUUUCUGCAAAAGCUUUUGGCGAGCAGUUUUAGCGGAGCUUGGCGUUACAGUGUUUAUAGAAUAUUUUUGUCGAUACUUUUUUUUGAAUUUACUUGCAUGAGACAUGAAACAAGUGUCACGCACUCACAAGAAGCAGGAGAGACGGUGCACCAGCACAAGAAAUACCUCGAAAUUCUUCCAAGCCAUGUUAUGACUUUUUUCUUUUUGGAUAAUUAUUAGCCUGCUGUCAAAUUAACAUAUUACAAGGUGCUGAAUACACAAUAGGAUAUAUGCGUUUAUGAGUUACUGUGUCUACAUAUUUUAUAUUGGAAGAAUGACAGCUGUUGCGUACAAAACCCUACUGUUAUUUAUGAAAAUUAUUUGAAGUUUAUUAUUUUGUCCUCAGCCACAAUACAGUUUUUAUGCAUGCAGUGGAA